AUCCCACUUACACCACCACCACCAUUUUAAACCCUAAACACUCUCUCUUUCCUCCAAUCACCGCCGCCACAGCCACCGCAUAUUGUAUCAAUUCCAACGCACAACGGUACAAUAUCCUAUUUUUGGUGCUUAAUCAAAUUCGCAAGAUUGUUCAAUAUAUUCCAGAGACGUAAUCAAGUUAUGGAAUCGAUGAUCGCAGACCUGGAAUCGAAUCAUCAGCGGAAGAAGCGGAGAAAAAUCGAAGACGAUCACAACAACGACGGGAACCAGCAGUUGAAGAGAAGAUGGAGGACGAGAAGAGAGCAGCAGAUCUACUCCCAGAAGCUUCUGGAGGCUUUAAGGAGAACUCGGCGGGGGACAUUGAGAGGCCGAGAGAUAAAGGAAACGGCCGACCGAGUCCUGGCCACUUCCGCUAAGGGCACGACUCGGUGGAGUCGGGCGAUUCUGACGAGUCGAAUCGGUAGGUUGAGGCUAAAGAAACGAAGGCGCACGAGAGUGACGGGCCAGCGCCGGUUGAAGAGGAAGGAGGAGUUUGCCGGAGUGAAGAGGAAGUUGCCGGGUGCGGAGAGGAAAGUGAAGGUUCUUGGGCGGUUGGUUCCUGGUUGCCGGAAAUUGUCGUUUACGAGUCUUCUAGAUGAAGCCAGCGAUUAUAUUGCAGCUCUGGAGAUGCAGGUGCGAGCCAUGACUACUCUCACUCAGAUUCUCUCUGGCGCGCCGACGAGCCCCCUUCUCCAAGCUGAUGGUGAAGCCACGACUCGUUAUGAAAGAUGUUAAUUAUUUUAUUUUUGAUUCUCUAUUAACUUGGUUUGUUUUUUUUUUUUCUUCUUUAUUUUUGAGUUGAUGUACAUUACUAUUCUAUUGCUUAUUUCUCUUUGUGCUUCAA